CCUCUAUAAGACCGCAGGCCCGCUGAAACCUUGCACUCGGACAGGAUGCCCCCGUCUUGCCCCCUCCCUGGCCGGCCUCCCACGCUCCAGGUGCUCGGCGUUCAGGUCUGCGUGUUCCUGUCCAGCCUGAGCCUGUGGGGGCCCGCGCUCUCGGCAGAGGCAGCCAGACUGCGCUGUGGCUCAGAGCUGCUCAGCGACCUGCUGUUCGUGUGCGGAGACCGAGGCAUCUACAUGGGUAAAGGCUCCUGGUCCGGGUACGGUUCUAGACCCAGAGGGCGGGGCAUUGUGGACCACUGUUGCAGGCCUCCUGGCUGUGAGCUUCAGGAUCUGGACAUGUACUGUGCCAAAGCCAAGAGCCCGGUGGGCACCACCCCCUCCCCUCCCACAACCACCGCAAGCAGCACGACCACCUCUCACAUGUUCCAGACAGUGUUCCAGAGAAGGAGGAUGGAACUGCAGAGAACCAACGGCACCAGGACGGACUCCCCCACCAGAAAAGUGCCGCUUUCUGUUCAGUGGGGGGUGCGGAGCGCCCUCAUUCCAUAGAGGGACGGACUCUAAGAAUACAAAAUGCAGACCCCCCAUCUCAGAGAAUUCUCUUGGAUGGAGCUCCUGCAGCCAAACGCUGCCGCGAUGACGACAUCUGAAGACCUGAGAGGAGAGGAGGGAAGGAGCUGAAGCUGGAGCCUGUCUGCCCACUGACCUGCUGUUGCACGUGCACGUGCACAGCCGAUAUGUCCUCUCAAAAACGUGUGCACUUAUCACUCUCUCUGUUGUACAGCUUCUGUGUGUGUGUGUUUGUGAGUGCAUGUGUGUGUGUGAUGUGAACCUGUAAAGGUUUCUCUUAUUUAUUGUGGAGCCGCCUGUAAUCCUGCAGCUGAAUAAAAGGGCAGAAUCUCA